GUAGCAUUUGAACUGUAACCGCGAGUAGAUGUGAUGUGAGAAUCUCUAGUUAUACAUUGGACUGAACGUUUUGCGUUAGCAAUUAGGUAGUGAAGUUUGUUAAGUUCUUAUUUUUAAACGAAUUGAAAAAGUGUUUAAUAAUAUUAGAACUUGUUUACGAAACUGUGCCGUGCAAGGACAUUCCUCAUUCAAUUUUGGUGACAUUGAAAGUUUGCCUAUUCUGAGAGCCGGCGUCUGUCGAACGGAGAGGUGGUGUUAUUUUCAAAACUCGCAACGCUUCUAUCAUUGUGUCAUCUCAGCUUAGGCUAUUUCCGUGCGGCACACAUUUUGGCGAGAAAUAUUUCUGAAUUAUUCGACACCAAGUGACCAUCUCCGAUCGGUAUCCGUUCAAUGUAGGUACCAAAGCAAACGGAAUUAGAAGCAGAACUGCAUCACGCAAACAUUAGAGCGCGUGUACCGCUUCCGAAGAUAGACGGAAAUUGAACCGUGGGUGCGGAUCUUCCCGGAGCUGCUGCUGGUACGAACUUUGGUGAGCGCUAAAUUUUCAGCAAAAUUAAUUUAUGCAGUCAGUCGCCAGUGAAUCAGUGUGCGCUGCAGACGGGUUUAUAUAUACGGACGGCCACCGAACACAACGUGGUACGGGUUUGGUUCAGUUAUUCGCAGUGAGUGGUCAAAAGUGAGCAUAUUUCUACGCUUAUGUCAAGAUUUCGGCGGCACGGCCGGAAAGUGGUUGUAAAAAUUCAAAUUUGAAUCACCGAAACAAAGCUAAACGUACGUAGCGGGCUGAGUACCAUUUGAAGUUAUCUCGGCCUUCGGUUCACCGUGAAAUUAAUUAUCUGCAGGAUCAAAGUGCAUCGUCGUAAAAACAAUUGUUUGUUUUGUAGCGUGCUGAUCGGCUGCGUGCGCCUUCACGCGAGAUAUUUGAUUUUCCACCUCUCAUAGGGAAAGAAAACCUACAAGCAAUUUGUGUUGAGUUGGAACAUUCUACCAGUAGCUCUAAUAGGAGGAGGAGAAAACGAACAAACCGAAUACCCCCCGAGGCCUGAAGCUAUUAGAUUAUUUUAUUUUCUCGGAGGCUAACUCGUUAUCCAAACCCACCGCCAUCCAGAACAUCGCAAGUGUCAACGAUUCGCAUCAUCAUCAUCGUCGCCCCUGCCGGCACAGAAACGUUGGAGAAAUCAUAAGGAAUGGAUCAACAUUGUCCAAACAUUUGCUAAGCCACUCCCUGAUGGAGUGAUAGCCCCUAACACCGGUACCUGUGAGUGCUGUAAGGUGCUGUCCAAAAGCUGCCAAUUUGUGUGUUCACAGUUCACAAUCGCGAGUGAUUGAAACGAAACGAAGGGUGUGUGUUUUCCCACGCAGUGUUCUGAUUUCUGAUUGUAAAGGACAUACACGCUCUCGUGUGUGUGUGUGUGAAUUUUAGUGAAAAUCAAAAGUAAAACCUUUGUCAUCGGAGUCAACCUAUAACCGAGCAGCUAUAUAAACCGCAACAAGAUGGGAGCGCCACCUGUCAAGAAGCCAUUAGUUAACCGAAACCUCAUAACGCUCAAGGUUGUACUGUUUUUGUUCUAUGCCGGUCUAGGAUGUCUACACCCAUAUCUCCAAAAGCACAUGACCCUAACCGGGCUCAACUACAAAGAAUCGCAAAUCAUCUCUGUAGUUGCCCCACUAAUUGCCAUACUAGGCCCGUUGAUCGUAGCACCGCUGGCAGAUCGACUUGCAGGAACUAACGGUCCAUCAUAUGGCAAACGAUUACGCUUACUGGCUUCCUUCUGUAUGAUACUUUCGGCCAUUUUGUACUCGAUCUUGUUCUUCGCUGUUCCUAGAAUCGAGCGACAGGAAUCCAGCCGCUCGCAGGUUAGCUUCGCGUGUGAUUUAGAUGGCGCUAUCAUCUUUCAGCAACGAUGUUCAGAAGAACGAACCUGCUAUCAAUGGAAGCGCGAGAAGAUUGGCCACUUAACACUGACAAACUGCUCGUACACGUGCCAGAAACCGAUCGAAUUCGAGAACCUAAACCAUCCGUACACGAAAGGUAUAACGGUUGCACCUUCGACGGAGAGUUCCAUUGAGGAUGACGAAUAUAUACUUGAUGAUGAUACUGACAUUGCGCCAGCCAAUUUGGAGGUAGCGCGGCCUGAGGUAGAUAACACCCCAAUUCCGGUGCCACACAUUUGCGAGCGACAUGGUGGACGUGACAAUGAAAUUUGCCACGCCUACACAAAAGCCACCGAAUCCUUAAAGUUCGAGACUGUAUUGCGCAGUGCUGUUAACGAGGAAAACGAAACGCACAGUGCGGAAUGGUGCCGUUAUCCUUUGGACGGUUUUUCGUGUAACAUUCCAGAGAAGCAGGUCAUUUGGAUGAAGUUACUUAUCAAUUCGUCCAACUGCACUCCCAAGAUCGAAUGCGAAGUACAUAACCCAUACGACAACGAGGAUAGUGUGCUGGCUGAAAGUGUUUGCAUGAAAAUUGUCGGCGAUCCAGAGACCACUUUUUGGUCGUACUUGCUACUUCGAUCUUUUGCGGAUGCUUUUCCAUUGGCAGUCAUUGUUCUGCUGAAUGCUGCAACGAUCAUUGCCACGAGGGAAACCUCUACUGGACGCGGUGACUUUGGUCGGCAAAUCGUCUGGGGUGCUAUCGGAUGGGCGCUGUUCUACUUCGGUUUGUCGUGGGUGUUUGAAACCUACUACGUUUACAUUGCGCUAGUGUUGCUGGCUGCCAUCGUGCUACUGUUCUCUUCUGGAAUGCCGCUUUCGCCUCCGGAAAUGUGGUGGCAUACAAAGUGCGGAAUGGUAGCUGUUCCUAUGUCAGCAAUUCGACGCUACGUACCCGAGGCUGCUGGGCUAUGUUUUGUUACGCUUAUUUUAGGAACGUUUUGGAGUGUGCUAGAUAACUAUGAAGGAGUAUUGGUGAAAAACUUUGAAGUCCAUCCAACCUCUGACGAAUACUAUGGUACGACGUGGAGUGUGUUUGUCAUUCUGGGAGCUCUCCUGGUCAUUCCUAUGUUGUGGUAUGCCGAGCAUAUCGUUGAUUAUUGUGGUCAUUCAAAUAUCUUGAUUGUCGCCAUUACGACCUUUAUUUUCCGGUUUUCCUUACUUGCUUGUUUAGAUGUCACUUGGUGGCGUAUAAUCAUAGACUUCUUAUACGCAAUAACACUUGGAUUAACCUGGCUUACGAUUGUGUUUUAUAUGCGCCACAUUAUCCCCCGUCGUAUUAUUACCACCGGUCAAGCUCUUCCGGUAAUUUUCCAUUUUUGUCUCGGUCGAUUUAUCGGUGUUUUGAUUGGAACAUGGACGAAAUUGGACUGUCUUAUUGUAACUUUCCAAGCUUUAGCCAUCACUGCCUGUGUCGUGGCAAUAGUUUACUUCCUAUUGUAUCACCUAGUUUUAGCUCCCCGUUGUGCCGCACGUCUCAAUACCAUGCCAUCCUCGUCUGCACUAAACAUUACCGCUCCAGAGGCCAACGGUCGCCAAACGACGACUACGCCACAAACACAACCUCUUCAAUCUUCCAAUGGAAAUUAUCAGCCCCUCCGAGUUUACCACAACUACCGUGGAAGAAAAGGUCACUUCAGAUACUAAACACGCCUACUAGUGUAUCACGCGCUACUAGUGUAUCACAGAGAAAUUUAAUCUUUUUCAAUCGAAAAAUUGCGAAAAACAAUCGCUCGUGUAAAGGGAAACAUAGUAGCACCCAAAAUUGGUACCAAAACAUACUCGAACCAAUCAAUAAACCCGUUCGAACUGUAGAUUAUUUAUUUUAGAUUUUUAAUUUCUCUCUUAAAGCGAGCUGACUCAGACAAAGUGUAGCUUUUAGAUUCGUUGAAUAUUGAUUGUAUUAUUUUUAAUUGAUGACUUAUCAGUGUUUAAAAUAUUUUUAAAAUAUAAUACAGCAUAGUUUGAAGUAAGAAACAAAACUCUCCAGUGAACUUGUAUUGUGCAGUGAAUCUCUAAAAAGUUACUGAGUAUUUUACGCUUAAAUUCUACCUACUAAUAAAAAAAUAAGCUUCCUAUGAAGUCUUAUGGUUGUUAAAUGACUGUCAAUAAAACUCAAAGCAAAGCAAAUCAUAAAUCGUACAGCAUAAAGCGCUAAAAGCCAAUUUCUGUAACGAACCAAUACGAUUUGAGUGCUGUUCGUUUGAACUACAUACUAAAAACAUAAGAGUACCUUAGCCACGGAAGUUUUACAGCCGAAAUAUUUCACUUGUCUCGCAAAGCAUGUGAAAUGCUUCAGCCAGCAGCACAAACUAUGGGAAACAUUUCGGUUCUCACAUCACGCGUAGUAGUAAUACAUUGGUACAUGAAUAAAGAGAUAAAGAGAUAUGCGAAAUAAUUUCCUAAGCCUUGAUAAACGUCUUUCAAAAUUAAAAACAUUGCCGCGAACAAACGUAUACCUGCAAUUUAAAUAUCGAUGCACACAAACUAUAAACUAGAAAAUAAUUGACCGCGAAACAAUCAAUACUCCUAGACCUAGCCAUCGGUGUACAACGGAUGAUCUUGGUGUACACCCUUACAUAGCAAUCUAAGCAAAUAUUUUUAACAACACGAAAUGGCUUUGCUUUCCUUGUAACAGAGUGCAAACGAACGUUACUGUUAUUACGCAAUCGAAAUCAAAACAUAAAUUGGAGCUGACAGUGCUGUAGUUCUUUAUAUUUGUAAAUAAAAAUCCGCCAAUAUAAA